UAUCAUUAAAUUAAUAGAAUAUAUUAAAUACAUUUUCAGUUCUUGUAAAAUAUUGUAACAUAUCCACAAUGAAGUUUCUUAUUUUGCUAUUUAACAUUUUAUGUUUGUUCCCAGUUUUGGCGGCAGACAACCACGGUGUUGGUCCUCAAGGGGCCUCCGGUGUAGAUCCUAUAACUUUUGAUAUUAAUUCAAAUCAAACAGGCCCUGCAUUUUUAACGGCCGUAGAGAUGGCCGGUGUAAAAUAUCUUCAAGUACAACAUGGCUCUAACGUAAAUAUCCAUAGACUUGUUGAAGGGAACGUUGUAAUUUGGGAGAAUGCAUCAACACCGUUGUAUACCGGCGCAAUCGUUACUAAUAAUGACGGGCCUUAUAUGGCCUAUGUUGAGGUACUGGGUGAUCCAAAUCUACAGUUUUUUAUAAAAUCAGGUGAUGCUUGGGUGACCUUAAGUGAGCAUGAAUAUUUAGCUAAACUACAGGAAAUCAGACAAGCAGUUCAUAUUGAAUCAGUGUUUUCUCUUAACAUGGCCUUCCAACUGGAAAAUAACAAAUAUGAAGUUGAAACGCACGCUAAAAAUGGAGCAAAUAUGGUGACAUUUAUACCAAGGAAUGGACAUAUUUGCAAAAUGGUAUAUCAUAAAAAUGUCAGAAUAUACAAAGCAACGGGCAAUGACACUGUUACCUCUGUGGUGGGAUUUUUUAGGGGUUUGAGGUUAUUGCUUAUUAACGUUUUUAGUAUUGACGAUAAUGGAAUGAUGAGUAACAGAUACUUUCAACAUGUAGAUGACAAAUAUGUUCCUAUUAGUCAAAAAAACUAUGAGACUGGUAUAGUUAAAUUAAAAGACUAUAAGCAUGCUUAUCAUCCUGUAGACUUGGAUAUUAAAGAUAUUGAUUACACCAUGUUCCAUUUGGCUGAUGCCACUUAUCAUGAACCUUGUUUCAAAAUUAUUCCAAACACAGGGUUUUGUAUAACUAAGCUUUUUGACGGUGACCAAGUGCUCUAUGAGAGUUUUAAUCCCUUAAUUCACUGUAUCAAUGAAGUACAUAUUUAUGAUAGAAAUAACGGAUCAAUUAUUUGUCUACAUCUAAACUACAGCCCACCAUCCUACAAAGCAUACCUUGUUCUAAAAGAUACUGGAUGGGAGGCUACAACGCACCCAUUACUGGAAGAAAAGAUUGAAGAAUUGCAGGACCAAAGAGCUUGCGAAUUGGAUGUAAAUUUUAUAAGUGACAAAGACCUUUAUGUGGCAGCAUUGACAAACGCGGAUCUUAAUUACACAAUGGUAACCCCUAGACCGCAUCGCGAUGUUAUUAGGGUAUCAGAUGGAAGUGAAGUGUUGUGGUAUUAUGAAGGUCUUGAUAAUUUUCUCGUUUGUGCAUGGAUUUAUGUUAGUGACGGUGUUGCAUCACUUGUUCAUUUAAGGAUAAAAGAUCGUAUUCCAGCAAAUAACGAUAUAUACGUUCUCAAGGGUGACCUAUAUUGGACAAGAAUUACAAAGAUACAAUUUACACAAGAGAUAAAGAGGUUGGUCAAAAAAUCCAAGAAAAAACUUGCUCCAAUUACUGAAGAAGACUCAGAUAAGCACGAUGAACCCCCAGAGGGACCUGGAGCUUCAGGUUUGCCACCCAAAGCGCCUGGAGAUAAAGAGGGAUCAGAAGGACAUAAAGGACCUAGUAAGGGAUCUGAUUCAUCCAAGGAAGGUAAGAAACCUGGAUCAGGUAAAAAACCUGGACCAGCAAGGGAACACAAACCAAGCAAGAUACCAACAUUAUCCAAGAAGCCUUCAGGACCAAAAGAUCCAAAACAUCCUAGGGAUCCUAAAGAACCCAGGAAAUCUAAGUCGCCUAGGACAGCAUCUCCUACAAGGCGUCCAUCACCUAAACUACCCCAGUUAUCAAAGUUGCCUAAAUCAACAUCUCCUAGAAGUCCUCCACCACCAACAAGGCCUUCAUCACCUGAACGUCCUGAGGGAACUAAGAUAAUCAAAACAUCUAAACCACCAUCUCCUAAACCACCGUUUGAUCCAUCAUUCAAGGAGAAAUUCUAUGACGAUUACAGUAAAGCUGCAAGUAGGUCUAAGGAAACUAAGACGACAGUUGUAUUGGAUGAAUCAUUUGAAUCAAUACUUAAGGAAACUCUCCCUGAGACACCUGGAACUCCCUUUACCACUCCUAGACCUGUGCCACCAAAACGUCCCAGGACACCUGAAAGUCCCUUUGAACCACCUAAGGAUCCUGAUUCACCGUCUACUAGUCCAUCUGAGUUUUUUACACCGCCAGAAAGCAAACGUACAAGGUUCCAUGAAACUCCCGCUGACACACCUUUGCCUGACGUUACCGCUGAGCUAUUUAAGGAACCUGACGUGACUGCAGAAACCAAAUCUCCUGAUGAAGCAAUGAAGAGGCCAAGGUCUCCUUCAGAAUACGAAGAUACAUCACCAGGAGACUACCCAUCUCUUCCAAUGAAACGUCAUCGCUUGGAAAGACUCAGACUAACUACUACUGAAAUGGAAACUGAUCCUGGUAGAAUGGCCAAAGAUGCAAGUGGAAAGCCUGUUAAACUUAAACGUUCCAAGAGUUUUGAUGAUCUUACAACUGUUGAACUUGCGCCUGAGCCAAAAGCUAGUAGGAUUGUUGUGGACGAUGAAGGCACUGAGGCAGAUGACGAGGAAACACACCCACCAGAAGAAAGACAAAAAACAGAAGUCAGACGCAGACGUCCACCAAAGAAACCAUCCAAAUCACCGAGGCCAUCGAAGCCAAAGAAACCAAAGAAGCCAGAUUCUGCAUAUAUUCCUUCAAUUCUCGCCAUCCUUGUGGUGUCAUUAAUAGUCGGCAUCUUAUAAAGGAAAACCUGUUCAGUGGGACGUUCUGAUAGAGUAAACGAGUCAUACCCGGACAUUUGAAUUAUGCAUUUAGUUAGUUUAAUAAAAAUUUUAUCAAAAAAAUUAUUUUUGACUGUUUUGCCUGAAGGCCUAAAAAGGCCAAGAAAUUAAAACAUGACUUAAAUAGUAAAAAAAAUAAGUUUAAAGUAAAAAUAUUAGAUUUAUAUUACAUUUAGCUCUGAAGUUAUUAAUAGGGCCUAUAGUUAUUCAAUUCUGGACUCAUAACCAUUUGGCGCUUUUAUUAAUUUAAUUUGCAAAAAA